AUGGAUCUCACUUCAUCUGUUACCGAUACGUCCGUCAGCAAGACAUUUACGAAAGCUGGUGAUUCAGGCUUGACUUAUGCUCUCGGGACACCAGGGUCCCAGCCUAAGAACAGCGAUGUCACGAAGUUCUUAACUCUUUCCGAUGAGAUUUUGGAUCAACGGAUCUCGGGUUUCGAGGAUACUCUAAGGAAGAAUUCAGAAAUCGUUUUUGAACAGGCUAUGAAGGGCGAGCCAGCUCCUGGAUUAAUUGCUGAGAACAAGAGUAUUACAGCUCGGAUAGAAGCAAUUAAAUCCCUAAAGAACAAGAAGGCUGCCUAUCACGCCUGCGAAUCAACAAGAGACCAACUGAAGAAAGCACUAAUGCAAGUUAUUUCUCAAGGUGGUAGCCCAAAUACAAUGCCGGAAGAGCUCGAACAAAGCCGAAAAGCCACAUUGCAGCUAGAGCAGAUCGAGUCUGAUAUACAACGUCUCCUUGUACAAGCUGAUCUUUUGUCGGCUUCCUCUUCAAGUAAAGGACCAUCUCGGCAGGGCUCGGAGCACGCUGAUGACGAGGAAAUGCUUGAGGCAGCGGGGUUUCUUGACGAUGGCUACUCGGUUUCAACAGCUAGUAAUAGUCUCCAGAUACGCAAGGUCUUUGCUGAAACCUCCGGAAACGUUGCCCGCACUCCUACUACACAGAAGUCGCAGACCCACAAUGGCCUAUGGCAUCAUCACCCGUGGUCAAAGGAUGUUAAAAGCGUUUUGAAGGAUCGUUUCCAUCUUCGAGGCUUCCGCCUUAACCAACUCGAAGCCAUCGAUGCUACCCUGAGUGGGAAAGACACGUUUGUUCUAAUGCCGACAGGCGGAGGAAAGUCAUUGUGUUACCAGCUGCCUUCUAUCGUCAAGAGUGGAACGACCAGAGGAGUCACAAUAGUCAUUUCGCCAUUGUUGAGUUUAAUGCAAGAUCAGGUGUAUCAUUUGCGCCAGCUCGAGAUAAAAGCGUAUUUGUUGAACGGUGAGACGCAGAAGACAGAACGACAAUGGAUAAUGAGUACACUAUCGAGCUCCGACGCAGAAGGUCAUAUCGAGCUGUUAUAUAUCACGCCCGAGAUGGUCAACAAGAAUCAAACCCUCAUCCGCAACUUGGAAAGGCUAAACAAUAGGCAUCGACUUGCGCGCAUUGUGAUAGAUGAAGCUCACUGCGUGAGUCAAUGGGGACAUGACUUCCGUCCUGAUUAUAAGGAACUUGGGGGCCUUAGGGCUCAGUUGCCCGGUGUUCCAAUGAUGGCUCUGACAGCUACCGCCACAGAGAACGUGAAGGUAGACGUCAUCCACAACCUUAAAAUGGAAGGCUGCGAUAUCUUUACCCAGAGCUUUAACAGACCAAACUUGACAUACGAAGUGAGGCAGAAGAAGAAGGGUAACGAGCUUCUGGCUAGUAUAGCCGAUACGAUCAAAUCAUCUUAUCAUAACAAAUCCGGCAUUGUUUAUUGCCUUUCGCGUGAUACGUGCCAGAAGGUCGCCAAGAGCCUUCGGGACGAUUACCGCAUCAAAGCGGAACAUUAUCAUGCUGGUAUGAAGCCGGACGAGCGAGCCGAAGUUCAACAGCGUUGGCAGGCUGGGAGGAGCCAUGUCAUAGUGGCGACGAUCGCCUUCGGUAUGGGUAUUGAUAAACCGGAUGUACGUUUCGUGAUCCACCACAGCCUCCCCAAAAGUUUAGAAGGCUAUUACCAAGAAACUGGCCGAGCUGGCCGAGACGGGAAGCGUUCGGGUUGCUACAUGUAUUACUGUUACAGGGACUCGAUGACCAUUACUCGCAUGAUUGACAGCAGCGAUGGUAGUAAGCAACAGAAGAACCGGCAGCGACAAAUGCUACGCAAUGUUGUGCAGUUCUGUGAAAACAAAAGCGACUGCCGAAGAGUCCAAAUCCUCGCAUAUUUCAACGAGCAUUUCCGUCGAGAGGACUGCAAUGCUUCCUGUGAUAAUUGCAAGUCGGACUCUGUCUUUGAACUCCGUGACUUUUCUCAACACGCGGCCUCUGUAAUCAAGGUUGUUCGAUAUUUCGAGCAGUCAAAAGAGAAUGUGACAUUGUCGUACUGUGUGAACAUUUUUCGAGGAAGCGCAAAAAAAUUUAGGUCUCCUCAGCACAGACAGGCACCGGGGUACGGAGAGGGAUCUUCCCUAGAAAUGGGAGAGGCGGAAAGACUUUUCUAUCACCUUCUUAGCGAGGGGGCUCUGUUUGACCGGCUUGACCCGCUCCAUAAAGCUGUAGCGGAGGAUUUCAUGGUUUAUGCCAAGAAUUACUGCCAGGAUAGCGCUGGCGAAUCCAAACCCCGGAACAAAACCCCACGACCCAGAAAGAAAACCGCCAGCCGCGCUGACAGCCGCCCUCCCCGGAAAGGCUCAAAAGCAAAAGAACCCAUGUCCCGGAUAGGAAUGAUGCCUAUCUAG